AUGAAGCAAAGAGAUAAGAUUGGUACUGUGCAACAUGACUGGAACAAAGCUGUGCUUUUGGGGAAAUUCAGAAUUACUACUUUCUACAACCUACUGAAUGAUGAUGGCCAUUGUGUUCCUUGGCAUAGCAUGAUUCAACACAAGGCUAGACCUAGAGCUAUAGUGUGUCUUUGGAUGGCUUGUCAUGGUAAAUUACCCACAAGGGAGAGGUUGAGGAGAUUUGGCAUGAUUCAAGUCAGUCACUGUGUGCUUUGUGGUAUUGAGGAGGAAUCACAUGACCACUUAUUUUUCAAAUGCAGUAAAACUGAAUCUAUUUGGAAAGAAGUUCUAAACUGGAUGGAGAUGGAUCAUAGGCCCCAAGAAUGGGCAAAGGAACUCGAGUGGUUGACCAUAGCUACCAAGAAAAAGGGAUGGAAAGCCUCCUUACUCAGCAUGGGCAUUGCUGAAACUGUUUACAACAUUUGGAGAAUGAGGAAUAGUAUAUGUUUUAAAGAUGAUGUGGAUAACACUUGUAUAUUUGAUAGGAUUAAAGAGUGCAUUGAUAGAAUUAAAGAUAGCAUUGUAUAUAGGGCUUGCCAUAGUACCAAAUUGAGACAUCAUAUUGCUAGGAUAAUGAUGUAA